AUGGGACACCCACUUGACAUCGGAGGAGGGUAUAAAAGGUGCAGAGAAUGGGCUCACCACAACCACAGAGCGUUUAGAUCUCAGUUGGAUUUGCUGGAUAUCCCUGCUUCGAAAGCCGCCUCAUCCAAGCAUCAUGUAUUGCACCAUUCUCAUGGGGGGCGCUUCAGGGCUAUCCUGCACCAGCUGGAAGUUGGCCUCGCGGCGGCUCUGCUGAGGGGAGCGGAUACGGUGCCUGGUGCAUUUGCAGAGCACUCUUUCCCGCUCACGUUUUCACUUCUGUCGCCGGCACUUCGGCAGAGACCAGUAUUCAGAGAUUUCUUCCUUUCCACAGCCGCUGCCCUAGCUGCUGCAGUCGUCGCUCUUCCACGGGCCAAGCGCGCUGCAUAUGAACUUCCGGACGGCGUCGAAUUCCUGGUGGGCUCCGUUAAGACCUCCUUCCAAUGCCCUGUCCGUAACAGGUACUUUGCUGACGUUGAUAACAACUGUCAGAUCUUUCACGUCUGCAGCACUAUCCCUAAGGAAGACGGAUCGGUCGAGGUGCAGCAGUACAGCUUCCUGUGCGGCAACCAGACUGUCUUCAACCAGUUCAGCUUGACCUGUUCCCUCCCUGAAGACUCUGUGCCCUGCAGGAGUUCUCAGGAUUUCUUCUACUUGAACGAGAGGAUAGGCCAAGAGAAGGUCGCCAUCCACGACGUUGGUGAUAUCCAGAGGGCUGUGCCACUCAUCCCACGAUACCAGCAGGCCGGACUUGCAGCUCCCUUCUUCAAGGGUUGAAGCAGUUAUUGGAAGUCAGGACGGUUGUUGUGUAGCUUUGGCCACUUGCUUUCGCCUUUCUCCUGCGCUCUUCAAGAUUGAAGAACCAGUGGAACACCGCGCUAGUGCGGACCACAUGUUUCAUAAGACUGCCUUUUGAGUCAUCUCUUCAGCAGUAUUUCUGUGUGUUCCUCAAGAGCAAGCAACUACGCGACAGAAGAUGUCCGGCUGUCGGUGGACGCUACAGUGUUGUUGUUUGCCAACUCCAGCGAUAAACGGGGUUGUAGUAUAACUCCCCUGUAGCUACCUUUCAUGUUCGUUUCUACCGAAACAAGGGCAUUUUUACAACCUGUAGUUAUUAUUCUUUGUAUGUACUUCUACCCUUUGUCUACCCCUUUGUCUGUACUUCUUCGUGUCUGCCACUCUUGACUGUGCCUCUGUGGCACUCGGCCUACUGCUUGCCGAAAUGGCUGUCGUUGUUGUCAGAAAUACUUCUUUGUGUUGGGAUGUGACUGUUCAUCG